AUGGACCCUCCCUCGGAGCCCAUCACCCGCCGCGGCUCCACCGAGCUGGAACCGUCGGAGAUAGGCGGCCAGUACGUGGAGCAGACUUCGGGCCUAGCAUUCCUCCACCGCGCCCACAUGCGACUCUCGUCACAGAGCUGGAGGCCCAACACCGGCUUGGCCGCCGAAGGCCCCACUAGCUCCCAGUCCUUGAUGACGGCCGGCGACAAGCCCAUCCUCGACUCUCAGCCUGAUGGUCUGCCGCUCAGGGCCGCCUCGCUGAUGGCCUUUUACUUUGACACCUGUGUGGUGACCUACCGUGUUCUGCAUCGACAGACCACCGAGGGCUGGCUGCGGGCCAUGGAGCAGGCGGAGAGCGUAGCCCAGCCUGGAAGCUCGGCUCAGAUCGGCGGGGCCAAGGCUGCAGUCGUCCUGACCGUGCUGGCCAUCUCUAUCCAGAAGCGGGCCAGGAUGUCGAUGCACUCGACGCCGGGCCGAGAAGGAUGCGACGAGGACGAGGUUUUGCGCGAAUGCGACCCAUACUUCUCCUUGGCCGCCGGGCUCAUCCGUGUCGAAACAGGACUGCCAAAAUUAGAGUCUGCUCAGGCCCGCCUGCUCCAGGUCCUGUACCUUCUCCAGACCUCGCGCGUCAACCAGGCCUGGUACUUGCUGGGCACGGUGUCCCAGAUCGUCUCGGCCUUGGGACUGCACCGGAAGCCGAGCCGGAGAGCAGCUGCGCCUCCACGAGACUACAUCCGGCAGCAGUGCGGUCGCCGGACCGUUUGGGUUCUCUACACCAUUGACGUCCAUCUCAGCGUCGUCCUGGGACGCCCGCGGUACCUCCACGACGACGACAUUGACCGGGAGUACCCCGACUCCAUUGCCGACGAGGAAAUGACGCCAGAGGCGACUGUCGCGGCCAUGGGAGAAGGCGAGGACAGCCCCAUGGAGGCCGUGGUGCAGCAUGCCAAGCUCGGGCGCAUCACCGCCGCCACCUGCCGCGAUGUGUGCGCCAUCGGGCCGACGCCAUCGCGCAGAGAUCCGCUGCGGCUUGCCGCGGGGUUUGACGAGAAGCUCCACGAGUGGCGAGCUGCCCUGCCGCCGCUUCUGGGCGCCGUUAGACCCUCCAGUCUGGUGCCCAGCUUCCGUCGACAGGCCGUGGCCUUGCGACUCGCCCAUGCGCACGCCAUCAUGCAUGCCACCCGGCCCUUUCUUCUCCUGAGCCGGAGCAGGCCGCGCGAGGGCGAGGGGGAGCCGCGAGCCAUGGUGGUCGAGUGCCUCAAGGCUGCGCGCACCGCGCUGGAGCUAGUGGGCUCGAUCGCGGGGGACGAGUCGCUGUUCCAUGCCUUUUGGUGGAGCCACUAUGUCACAUUUUGCGCCAUUGCCGUUAUUUUUGUCUGGGAGAUUCAGCAGUCCGGGGGCUCCGACGGGCAGGAGCAAGCACCCGAGCUCUUUGCCCUGGCCGAGCGCUGCCACGCACAUCUUGCCCGUGUUCUGUUUGCUGACGCUCCCGGGCGUAGAUACACCGUCAUCCUGGAAGAACUGCGGUUGGAGGCGAGGCACCAGUCUGCCAAAAACACGCCGACAGCACCAGUCGAUGGACUUUUACAUGUGCCGGUGGAAACGGCCAUGUCCGACCUCCAGUUUCCAGCCGACUUUUAUGACUGGACGCCGACAGAUUGGCUGGAACUGGACGCGUCGGCGUUUCCGCAGUUGGAUGAGCUGGGGUUCUGA